AUGGACUAUUACAGAAUGUGUCAGCGGUUUGGCUUGAACUCGGUGCCCAGUCCCGAUGGCCGGUUCACUAUUGAUGAGCUCAUCGGCGAAGGCACCUACGGCGAAGUGUUCCGAGCUAAAGACACAACCACUGGAGAGUUUGUCGCCAUUAAAAUAUUAGAAGAUAUUACGGGUAAUGAAGAAGAAAUUGAAGAUGAAUACUUGGCAUUGAGAGACCUCAGUCUGCAUCCAAACAUUCCUUCAUUUCAUGGAAUCUAUUUUGUUAAAGGUUCUAAACAACUCAAUGAUCAAUUAUGGUUUGUUAUGGAGCUAUGUCAAGGAGGAUCGGUGACCGAUUUGGUGCAUGGGCUAAAAGCCCAAGGAAAACAAUUAACCGAAGAUCAAAUUGCGUAUAUUUUACAUGAAACUUUACAGGCUCUAGCAUUCUUACAUCGUAAUCACUGUAUGCAUCGUGAUGUAAAAGGACAUAAUAUUCUUUUGACUGAAGAUGGACAAGUGAAAUUAGUCGACUUUGGAGUUUCUUCACAUUUAGGAGCUACAAUGGGGCGACGUGACACUUCAGUAGGAACACCUUAUUGGAUGGCACCAGAGGUGAUCGCUUGCGAACAACAACGGGAUUCGUCCUACGACAGUAGAUGUGAUGUAUGGUCGUUGGGCAUAACGGCUAUAGAACUAGCUACUGGAGAUCCUCCGCUCAGUGGAUUGCAUCCGAUGAGGGCUUUAUUUCAAAUACCGCGGGAACCGCCACCUGUUUUGCCGUUGUCGGCUCGACCGGAUGCGCCCAAAUUGACGCACUUCGUGGCUAGAUGUCUGAUCAAAGAUUUCGAACAGCGACCGACCACCGCCCUACUCAUACACGACCCUUUCGUCGUUCACGGGUCAAAGUGCAUUCACAGGGUACGCGAAGAACUCAGAACUGAAAUUCGAUAUCAAAGAGAAGUCAGCGGAAGAGUACAAAAGCAUCCCGAUGUGACCACUAAACACGGUAAACUAAAAAGUAAACGCAAAAAUCCUCCCACUACCAUUUAUGUCGACGACUUAGCCGCUCUAGACAGUUUGUCGGAGGAGAGAAUAGUCAAUCAACUGAAAAAAAGAUAUCAGAUGAAUUUCAUCUAUACAUACAUCGGGGACAUCCUGUUGGCCAUAAAUCCAUUUACCCCGCUUCCGUUAUACACGUCAGCGGAGCAAAAGAAAUACUGCAACCAAAUGAGAGCAGCGUAUCCACCUCACAUAUUUGCAAUAGCCGAUUCAGCGUACCAGUUUAUGCUCCAUGAAAAGGCCAACCAAUCCAUUGUGAUCAGUGGAGAAAGCGGUGCCGGAAAAACCGAAUCCGGUAACCUGUUGCUCAAACAACUCGUGUACCUUGGCAAGGCACCAAACAGAAAUCUAGAACAAAGAAUACUCCAGAUGAACCCGAUUAUGGAAGCGUUCGGAAAUGCAAGAACUGGUAUUAAUAAUAAUUCUUCAAGAUUCGGAAAAUUUUUAGAGCUGAGCAUGACCAAAAGCGGCCAAUUGAAAGGAGCUAGAGUGUCAGUUUACCUACUUGAACAGUCCAGAGUCAUUCAACAAGCAAAUAGGGAGAGUAAUUUCCAUGCUUUUUACUACAUUUACGACGGGUUGGAACAUGAUAAACGGCUCAAAGAGUUUCAUUUGGAUCGUGAGCUACGACAAAUGCAUAGUUAUCUUCCAUCUGACCGUCAAGACAACAAAACAAAACAAAAUAAUGUAGAUAAAUUCGCUCAACUGAAAAAUGCUUUCGAACAAGUUGGUUUCAAGGACGAGGAAGUAAAUUCUAUAUACUGCAUUUUAGCAGCCAUCUUGCACUUGGGUGAUAUAGAAUUUGGAGAAAUCAUCACUGAUAACAAUACAGACAACAAGAGUACUGUUAUCGAUUUAACACCAAUUCAUAGAACCUCAUGUUUGUUAGACAUUGAAAGUUCAGACCUACUAGAAUGUUUGAGUGUUAACAGUGUAGUAACAAGAGGUGAGAUUAUUCAAAGGAAUAAUUCUGUAUCAGAAGCUGUAGCUACAAGAGACGCAAUUGCCCGGGCUUUGUACAGUCGGUUAUUUGAUUGGUUGGUUAACUCGAUCAAUAGUUUGUUGUCUUUUUAUAAUACCAGGGGAGAAUACAAUGUGAUAGGAAUACUUGAUAUUUUCGGUUUUGAAAAUUUUACGUACAAUUCCUUUGAACAACUUUGUAUUAAUAUUGCUAAUGAGCAACUUCAAUAUUUUUUUAAUCAGCAUGUUUUUGCUUUGGAACAAGCUGAAUACGAAUCAGAGGGUGUCCCUGUUCAACAUGUUGGGUUUUGUGACAACAGACCUGUACUAGAUAUGCUUGUGAGUAGACCAAUGGGCUUACUGGCAUUACUUGACGAGGAAAGUCGUUUUCCUAGAGCAACAGAUCGAUCGCUAGUCGAAAAAUUCCAUUGCAAUAUAAAAUGUAAUUAUUAUGUACGACCAAAAUCUAAUGCUUUACAAUUUGAAGUGAAACAUUUUGCUGGCAAUGUUACUUACCAAGCAUCAGGGAUGCUUGAAAAGAAUAGGCACCUGUUAGCUAUAGAAGCUAUUCAGGUCUUAAGAAAAUCCAGCAAUAAAACUGUUCGAGCAUUAUUCCAAAGCCCGGUUACCAAAACUGGCAAUCUUUAUUCUCAAGACUCGUCUACAGGGUUAGUUGGACUUGCUUCACAAUCUCGAGGCCAACAAACUGCAGCAACAUAUUUUAGACAUUCAUUAGCUGAACUGUUACAUCGUAUGGGCUGUAACAAUUCAGGUAUAAGUUUGCCUAGGUUUGUUCGUUGUAUCAAACCAAACGAUCAACGACAACCAAAACAAUUUGAUCCUCUUAAAGUCGUUGCACAAUUGCGCUGCAGUGGAGUUAUGGAAACAAUUAGAAUAAGACGGAAUGGAUACUCGCAUAGACUGCUAUUUAAAGAUUUUAUAAGCAGGUAUUCAAUUUUAGGAUUCCGAUUGUAUGAGAAAGUUCCACCAACUAGAGAUAAUUGUAGGCACUUAUUGGUUAAGCUAAAAUUAGAUGGCUGGGCAAUUGGAAAAACAAAAGUAUUCUUAAAGUAUUACCAUAUUGAACACUUGACUAAAUUACAUGAAAAACAACUACGUCACAUAAUAUUUGUACAGAGUUGUGUUCGACGGUGGCUAGCAAUGAAGCAUUAUAAGGAAGCUAUGUUGGCUAAACAAAUGUCAUGGGGAGCAUUAACAUUACAGAAACACACUAGAGGAUGGCUCGCCAGACAAAAGAAAAAAAAGUCAAAAGGAGAAAUACCUGUUGGUGAAGUGGCCCCAAUAUACAGGCAGGAACCCAAAGAAAAUGAUCAUCCAAUUAAAAAUCAAAAUAAAGUUAGCCCAGUUAUUGUAGCAGAAAAUAAAAAAACCUAUAUCCAACAAAAUGGUGUUAAGGUGUUGCCGUGUAAGGUACAACAAAAAGUGGAAAGAGAAAAGCAUUUAAUUGACUUCUCAAAAAAUAAGGGUUUGGUGCACAAUGCCAUUAAAAAGCUUGUGAGUGAAAAUUAUAAAUACGACUCUGAAAACAGGUUGAACCCAAUAAAUGCAAAAACAAAUAACAUCCAACCAGUAAAUAAACCAAAAUGGGUUUCUCCAUUAAGGUUAACUCCUCCGGACAUUAAUAGACUGCCAGAAGGGUUUGACUUCCGACAACUAUUGAGGCCUACCCAGCAUGCACCCACCGAAUCCUUACGUAAAAGACUGGUACAGAGAUCUAGACCCGUAGCGGCUAACGCUAAAGGAUAA